GCUGGCUGUCCUUUUAGUUGCCGGGCCCACUAAAUUUUUCUUCGGUUUCCCCAUCCAACCGAAAAAGCUGCCCCUAGUCCGUCAACCCAUUCAAUUUACCAAGGUAAGGACUUUAGUUUUCGCCCUUGAGGCAUUUCAUCAUUCUUUUUAUCCUUUUUCUCGACCUUCUGCUACUUUUUCUGACAUCUCCUUAUCAUCAACCACAACCCAAUUCUCCCCGCCAUACUAUCAGCCAUGGCUACCACCCUUCGUUUAGGCUCCUCCGCCCUCCGAACUUCACUGAGAGCACCGGGUUUCACGGCCCGUACCACAGCUUUCAAUGCCGUGCGAUGCUACUCUUCUUCCAAGAGCCAGACUCUGAAGGAGCGCUUCGCCGAACUACUCCCCGAGAAGAUUGAGGAGAUCAAGGCUCUGAGAAAAGAGCAUGGCUCCAAGGUCGUCGACAAGGUCACACUAGACCAAGUAUACGGUGGUGCACGAGGAAUUAAGGCUCUAGUAUGGGAAGGUUCAGUCCUUGACUCCGAGGAGGGUAUCCGUUUCCGCGGCAAGACCAUCCCAGAGUGCCAGGAGGUUCUCCCCAAGGCUCCCGGUGGCAAUGAGCCUCUACCAGAAGGUCUCUUCUGGCUUCUCCUAACUGGUGAGGUUCCCAGCGAGCAACAGGUUCGUGACCUGUCUGCCGAAUGGGCUGCUCGAUCCGAUAUCCCCAAGUUCGUCGAGGAACUCAUCGACCGCUGCCCUACCGACCUCCACCCGAUGGCGCAAUUCUCGCUUGCUGUUACGGCUCUUGAGCACACCUCGUCUUUCGCGAAGGCCUAUGCUAAGGGUAUCAACAAGAAGGACUACUGGGGAUACACCUUCGAGGACUCAAUGGAUUUGAUCGCGAAGCUCCCCACUAUCGCUUCCCGCAUUUACCAGAACGUCUUCAAGGGUGGAAAGGUUGCGCCGGUCCAGAAGGACAAGGACUACAGUUUCAACUUUGCCAACCAGCUCGGUUUCGGCGAGAACAAGGACUUCAUUGAGCUGCUACGACUAUACUUGACCAUCCACACCGACCACGAGGGCGGUAACGUCAGCGCUCACACCACACACCUUGUUGGUAGCGCUUUGAGCUCCCCCUUCCUAUCGCUCGCCGCUGGUCUCAACGGUCUUGCUGGUCCUCUCCACGGUCUUGCCAACCAGGAAGUCCUGAACUGGCUUACUGAGAUGAAGAAGUCCAUUGGUGACGAUCUUAGCGACGAGAAAAUUACCGAGUACCUGUGGUCCACCUUGAACUCCGGCCGAGUCGUCCCCGGUUACGGUCACGCCGUCCUCCGCAAGACUGACCCCCGAUACACCGCUCAGCGCACCUUCGCUCUCGAGAAGAUGCCCAAUGACCCCAUGUUCCAGCUAGUCAGCCAGGUCUACAAGAUCGCGCCCAAGGUCCUAACUGAGCACGGAAAGACCAAGAACCCCUUCCCCAACGUCGAUGCCCACUCCGGUGUCCUUCUCCAGUACUACGGCCUAACGGAAGCCAACUACUACACUGUCCUAUUUGGUGUUUCGCGUGCCAUUGGUGUUCUACCCCAGCUCAUCAUUGACCGUGCCGUCGGUGCGCCCAUUGAGCGACCCAAGAGUUUCUCGACCGCCAAGUGGGCCGAGAUUGUCAAGAAGCUAUAAAGGAAAGAGAAAAGUUUGCAUUUCUCCUUUAGUCUCAAAAGAGCAUGAUUUUUACAACGGAAAUAGAUCGGUAUACUGAGGGCAGUGGUGUAUCAAGGGGGAGUUGAUUUAGAAAUGCUCCUAUCGAUACCAAAAGCUGCACUUUCUGUACAAUAGUACGUCAUG